CGCGUAUAUGUCCGCCAUAUCUCGGACAAGACAUUAUAUCGUAAACAGAAAACAACCCGACAAAACAGUAAAUCCGAAGUAGUUCUAGAAAUGAAACAACUUUUAUGCACCAUGCCAAACAUGACCGUGCCAUCCCAUGCUUAAUUUUAAGAAGAUGAAGGAACAUUGUCAUGGCCGACUUGGAUCAUGAUCUUUAUUGGGAACUAAAGUCACGUUACCCUGAGGUUCCUGAUUCUGUUGUCAAAAAGUAUAUCCUACAGUACAAUAACAAUCGCGAGCGAUGUAUUGAGAUGCUGGCCAAUGAGAGUCCUAAGUACCUGUUUGAGACCUGUGAUCAGCUGUCUGACCUGCACUUUGGGGGUGCGCGCCCACGCAGCAACUCCUCGGGAAACACCAUGAUUAACACCAACUCAGUGCCUGCCCCACUCCCGUACUCUCGCAACGUGCCAGGCUUCCGUGGGCCCAUAACGGCCUUGGAGCAUCCUUGCACUGCCCCUGUGAUGUCAAAUGAUAUCAAUCAGUUCAUGACAACUGUGCGGAGACGUGAACAGGGCUCCUGUAACGAUAUUCCAAAUAUCAAUUGUAACAAUGCUCACGGGAGUAGUAACAAUUUACAGCAUGUAGGAUAUGGACCAAGAACAAAUUAUGGCCAGUCCAACUCAGGAAAUAGUUCCGCCUCUGCUUCUCCGGUCAUGGUGCCAAUUGAUGUUCAGCACAUGCAGACAAAUGACAGCCAGCAAAAUUUCUUGUGUAGAAUUCAACUGAAUCCCAGUUCAAACUCCCAGUCUGGAACUCCCAGUCGAGGAUGGAUUUUCCAACCGGCAACCAACCAAAACAUAGCAUAUCAAAAUGUUUUCCCAGGUGAACAUAAUGUCUUGCAGCCGGAUACCCGAACAUUGCCGAUAUCUCAGACAUACACCCCUGGGAACCAUAGUGGCAGCCUAACUAACUCGCCAUACAGUUCCCCUGGAGAGGAACUGCCUGCCUUUUCUGGAUACCCUGGUCAGAAUAAGGGCCAGCAUUCCACACAAAAAACUAUUUAUUUGACAAAUCCCACUGCUAGCCCUAAUCCUAACCAACUUUCCACUAUGCCCCGUACUCCUGUGCCUGGUCACUAUAAUCCUGGUAGUGUAAAUGAUGUGCGUUUGUCUCCAGGGAAUCUGUCUAGAAGUAAUUCAGCAAAUUCUCAACCAAGUCCACAGGGAUAUCCUGGAUCUGUUAUUGUUGAAAUUAAGACUCCUGUGGGCGCUGGAGUGCAAUCACAAAUUAAGUACUUUGAAACAAUUGGCUCAUCAAAUACAGGACCGCAUUCCACCACUGCUAGUGGAGCAUAUUUGAGUCACAUUUCUCCAAAUGAGCCCCAAGUUACUUCAGACACUAACAUUAAACAACCGUAUGUCACAAGACGCCCUAAUGUGAUAAACUUUCCUGGGGGAGCCUCUCGUGAGGAAAGGUUCCUGAAAUUCCCGCCUAUGCCAAAUGAAUGUCGUGUUCCGGGCCAUGUUCAUGGCCAGUUACAAAAAACUCCUAGUUCAGACGCUGAAAGUGUUUUUGUGUCAGAAAUGGAGUAUAACAGAUCGUUUGUGUCGCCUGCAUCUAGUCCUAAUAGUGUAAGUUCCGAUUCCCAGACGGCGUUAUCGGAAAGGGAGCGAGCCUUGUACUACAGUGGCAGUUACGAAGAGCCAGCCUAUUUGAGAGCGUUGCUGUCCCAUCAAACAUCGCGUGUGGAGAAGCUGAUGUUUGACCUUCAGCACGCUGAAGAGCGGCUGGGGCACCUGAAAGGGGAUGUCACCAAUCUGGAGCGGCUGUCCAUUGAACGCAAACGACAAAAAUCAAAUGUGUUUCCUUCGUCUGUAGACUUAGCCAGGCUGAGAAGUGAUAAUCUUCAACUACAGACAGACAUUCAAGUGAUGACUAGAGAAAUAGACCUUUUCAACAAUGGACAAACUCCAUUGGGUGUGCUAGAUCCCCUAGAACAACAGAACUUCUACAAGAACAUGAACACUGGUCAGCGCGGCUCCAUCUACGCCAGCACCAGCCCCGUCAGUGUUCCCAGCAUGCAGGUGUCAAGGGUGACCACUAGUGUGAACUCUGUUGUCACUCCUUCUAGGCUCCCACCUGAAAUCCCCCCUCAGCUGCCUCCUAGGGACCCUCCACGUACUCACGAAUUGCCUCCCCCCCUCCCUCCCCGUCUUUCAGUCGUGCCUCCCAGUCCCCAGGCACAGGCCCCAGUCACCUCCGGGGACCUGGACGCGGACGGAGAGCAGUGGAGCUGCUCAGCCUGCACCUUCCUCAACUACCCGGCGCUCAACAAGUGUGAGGUGUGCGAGAUGCCCCGGAUGUCCCCCCUGAUGAGCCCACGUGGCGGGGAAGAUGUCCCUGACUCGUACUCGGCACCUGCCACUAGCCCGUCUGCUACCUGAUCUAGGAGAGGAGUCAAGAUGACAUGCUAUGCUCUUAAUUUUAUCUCCAUUUUGGAAACCAGUCUUUCAAUCCUCCUUUUGGUGAACGAGUCUUGGUCAAGGAAAGUAAUCAAAGCGUUAUGUAUUACAUGACUCUGUAAACAUCGAAACACAGGGUUAUAUUGGUCUUUUUUUGUUCAGUAAAUAGGUUUGUUCAACCCAUAUCCAAGAUAAAAGGAACAUGCUCUAGUUAAACAUAAGUUAUUGGCCAGCUUUAAUGUACAAAAAGUGCUUUUUAAUAAAUCUAAAACAUUUUCAUUUACUCUAUUUUCAUAAGAGCUGUAUGAAAUAAAUUUUAGACAUUAACAACUUUUUAGCUCACCUGAGCACAACGUGCUCAUGGUGAGCUUUUGUGAUCGCCUUUUGUCUGUAGUGCGUCGUCAACAUUUUGCCUUGUGAACACUCCAGAGGCCACAUUUAUUGUCCAAUCUUCAUGAAACUUGGCAAAAGUAGGUCAAAAUGUUUGUCUAAAUGAUAUGUUGUUUGAGUUCAAAAAUGGUUCCGGUCCGUUGAAAAACAUGGCCGCCAGGGGGCGGGGCAGUAUUCCUUAUAUGGCUAUAGAGAAACCUUGUGAACACUCUAGAAGUCACAAUUUUUUCCAAAUCAUCAUAAAACUUGGUCAAAACACUGGUUUCAUUGAUAUCUCGGACGAGUUCGAAAAUGGUCCAGAUCCGUGAAAAAACAUGGCCGCCAGAGGGCGGGGCAGUUUUCUCUAUAUGUAUAUAGUGUAAACAUGUGAACACUCUAGAAGUCACAUUUUUGGUCCAAUCUUCAUGAAAUUUGGUCAGAACAUGUGUUUUCUGGAUAUGACGGUUGAGUUCAAAAAUGGUCCAGAUCGGUGGAAAAACAUGGCCGCCAGGGGGUGGGGCAGUUUUCUCUAUAUGUAUAUAGAAAAAUUACCUGUACAUACUUUCUAAUAGUUAACUCUCUUGUAUAAACCUGGGACUUCUUUCAUAAAAUGUGGUGUACAUAAAGACAGUAGUUUGCAUUCAAUUUAAUGAACCUUGUCAUAAAAUAACUGUACAUGUACUAAUGCACUAUAGAGCCUUAUCUUUGAUCUUUACUGAUAAGCCAAAUUAACCUACUGGUGUAUUUAGCAGACUACUGUGCUAUGAAACUGUUUCCAUUGCAACCUUGUUAUUUGGCAUUUUCUAAAUUAGAAGGACUCUUUUGAUUGAAAUAACUUUUAUAAAUUCUUCUUAUUUUUUACAUUUGAGUCACUGGAGUUUUCCACUCUCCAUAAAUUGUGUUCUUUAGAUUAAGUUAGACUUAUUUUAUAAACUUAAUUUUUGAAGCAACUACUAGACUAACAGUAACUAAUAUUUAAAUCAGUUUUUUUGACAGAUUGUGAACUUCUUUUUACAUUAAUUAAGGUAUUUGCUGUAUUUGUUCCUUUUUAACGAUGCAUAGAUUCUUUAGACUAAAGUUAGUUACUAGUAUUUCCAUUAAAGCUGCUUUGGUUUUCACUUAUAGAUUAAUUCUUUGAGUGUAUUCAGGCGUAUCUUAUCGGACGCCUUUAGUUAAUUGAAUGACAACCAGUAAGUGUGUUAGAAAUAAGCGUUCUUUAAUUAGACUCAAUAAAUAUUUCCGUAUUACAUAAGUGCUCACAAAGUUACAUAACUCGUAACCGUCCCAUGACCGGUUCACUUGCGUAAGCGAACGAGACCGCACUACCACAGUUUUUGUUGAAACUUUGUCAGAAAAUUUGUCCCAAUAAUAUAUUGGACAAGUUCAAAAAUGGUUCCAGUCUGUUGAAAAACAUUUCCGUCAUGGGGCCAUUUGUUGUUCAUUCUUCAUGAAAUUUGGUUAGAAAAUUUGUUCUAUUGAUAUCUUGGGCUGCAAAGAAAAGGUCAUUUCUUUUUAUCUCAGGUGAGCAACUUUGGGCCUUCAAGGCCCUCUUGUUUUGUUUGUUUUAAGUAAAAUGACUUCAAAUUGUUAUCAUAUUGUUUAACAAAUAAGAGGUUUCUGUGGUUUGGUUUAUUUGGAAAAUUAUUUUAGCAUUGUUGAAAUAAUAAGUAAGAUUUAUUUAAACAGCCUUGGUUACAGACAUUAUUUUCUGCCAUUGCCUUUUGGAGUAAAAAAAUAAUUAUGUAACAUAAAUCAUACAAAAAGUUAGUGAUACUUGUGGCAAUAUUAUUGACAAUACAAAAUCGAAAUGUAACCUUGCUGUAUGUGAUUAUGGUAGUUUACAGAUUUCAUUUCUGCAGCUUUGUUGUUAUUGUUGUGAGAUCCUAUGAGUGACCACCUGGUGAAACCAACUUAGUGUGGUAUUGCUGGUUAACAACCCGUGGUGAACUGUAUCCUCUACAUUAUUUCCCUAUACUUGCAUGUCUGUGAAAUGCACACUAGAGAUUGUUAAUUUUUGUGCUCACAAAGUGUAUAUCACAUAUUAUGUUGACGGUGAUAUUAUGCUGCUAGUUUUCUGGGGUUUGUGAUUUUAGGUUUACCUCAGAGCUACUGAAAAGUCAUUACUUAAAAAAAACUGGUGCCGGUAGCUACCUAUGCAUUUUAUAUAAAAAGUAUGUAUUGGGGAAACAGUUGACCAAUUCUCAUAACUGCUCACCUUAAUGUGCAGGAUUACUUGCAAACAUGGAUGUGUUGAAUGUCAUGAAAAGUAAGGUAUGCGUAUUGGUUGUGUGCAUGAUUUAACUUUAGAGGUUUGCAUUAAGGAUUUAUAUAGGAACUCUGUAAACUAAGUUAUUCACUAGUUGUUAGCAAAGUUCAUGCAUUGUGACUUGUCUGUUUUCCGAUACAUAGGCCGUCUGAUUUUACACAUUUUUAUUUAUUGAUAUGUUUGUGCAUAUUUACUUUUAUAAAUUCUUAGUUUUAUUUGCACUUCUAAUUUUCAAGCAAGUCAUUAUCAACAUUGCGUAUUAAUUGGAUUAUGUUGUUUUAAAAUAAAAACAAAAAACUGAUAAUAGGAAUAACUGUUUUAUACAAGGAGAAUUUUUAGAUUCAAAACUAUAAUUUUAAAACCAAUCUGGUUCAAUAAUGGUUAAGCAUUUCUCAAUUUCUGUUAAUACUUUAUGUUUAUCCUUUUGUUUUUCUUAAAAGCGUCUGCUUCUCUAAAACAUACAGAAAAUAACACUUUCUAACCAAUAUAAUAAUUUGCAGGUUAAGUUAAGUUCCUAAGAUAUUGUGUGCAUUUGUGUUGGCAGAUACCCUUAUAUGUUUUAAUGUGUUAAAUUUUCAUACAAUUGGUAAAUUUUAAAAAGCUGUGUUAAAAAUGUUUGAGUUGCAUUGAUAUUUUGGUGUUCUCAAUUCAAGACAUCCUGCCAUUAUAUGCAUUUAUGAUUGUCAGUGUUGGUAUUACUUUGGGGUGGGACCAAAAUUUAUAUUUUCGUAAGUUGGGUUAUAAUUAUAUAUUUCUUUUAUUAAAUUAUUCUGGAUGCAUUGCCCUUAAGCUUGUUGCAGAUUAUGUGGGGAACAUUUCAGUAUUUUAUGGCACUAAAUAAGGUGACAUUGAACCAUUUAUUCAGAUCAUAAAAAAAGGAAAACGAGGGUUAUUUACUUCUGACAGGACUUGUUUACUUAUUAGUAAUAAUUCUUCUUUUGUGUUUGGUCUCAUCCUAAAUUUCUUUACCAGAAGGAAAUGCAUACUGCUAAUAUUAUGUAAAUAAUAAACAACUACUGAUUGUUACUGAUGUCCGUCCUCUUCUAAUUUCUGUGAAAGUGUUGAUUUCCUUGUUGAAACACAAUAGUUCUGGAAUAUGAAAUUGUAUGAAAGAAAGUCUGCCAUAUACAGUAGCUUGGUGCGUAUAUGGAGACUGUUACAUAUACAAUAGCUUGGUGCAUAUAUGGAGACUGUUACAUAAACAAUAGCUUGGUGCGUAUAUGGAGACUGUUACAUAUACAAUAGCUUGGUGUGUAUAUGGAGACUGUUAUUAAUGAGCAAACCAUGAUGUGUAUUUGGGAAAUGUUAAGAAAUCUUAAUAGCAUGAAUACUUGUUCAUAUUGUUUUAAGUAAUAAUUUAUUGUUUGUUAAUGUAUAGACUAUUUUAUGUAUAUUGCAAACACUGUUUUAUUGUCAUUUAUUGUUUGUUCAUGGUGAUGACUGUUGAUAUGUAUAGUGGUGUAAUCCAGCCCCCCACUUGGGGAAGAAGUAUUAUUUCUUCUUUGAAGAAUUUCAUCUGUUGUUACUGAAUGCUACAAAAUGCAUAUAUACAUGUUAACCAGUUGCUAGCAAGGCAUUACAAGCAAGAUUAUCAGUGCACAAUUUGCUCUGCGUUCUUUGCACAUGCAAAUCAGUGUCAAAUGCUUUGAAUACAAAUUUUCAAUCACUUUAACCAGAUAUGGUUUAAAUGAUUCAUAAAUACUCGGAUGAAUGUUAUAUUUUAUAGAUCUGUCCAGCAAUUGGGACAGCAAGUUAAAUUUACUGUUCUUAUUUUAGCUCACCUGAGCACAAUGCACUCAUGGUGAGCUUUUGUGUUUGCCUUUUGUCUGUAGUGAGUCGACAAGAUUUGCCUUGUUAACACUCUAGAGGCCAUAUUUAUUGGUUGGUUGAAAAACAUGGUGGCCAGGGGGCGGGGCAUUUUUCCUUAAAUGGCUAUAGUAAAACCUUGUUAACACUCUAGAGGCCACAUUUAUUUUCUGAUCUUCAUGAAACUGGGUCAGAAGAUUUGUCCCCAUGAUAUCUUGGAUGAGUUUGAAAAUGGUUUCGGUUGUUUUAGAAUCAUGGCCACCAGGGGGCGGGGAAGUUUUCCUAAUAUCAUGGCUAUAUAUUGCUCGAGUAACACAUUAUUAACACUCUAAAGGCCACAUUCAUUGUCCAAUCAUCAUUAAACUUGGUCAGACAAUUUGUCACAAUGAUAUCUUGGAUGAGUUAGAAGAUGGUUCCGUUUGGUGCGAAAAACAUGGCCGCCAAGGAGGCGUGGCAUUUUUCCUUAUAUUGCUAUAGUAAAACAUUGUUAACACUCUAGAAGCCAUAAUUAUUGUCCGAUCAUUAUGAAACAUUGUCAGAAGAUUUGUUCCAAUGAUAUCUUGGGACAAGUUCUAAAAUGGUUCCAGAUGCUUGAAAAAUAUGGCCACCAGGGGGCUGGGCAUUUUUACUUAUAUGGCUUCAUGAAACUUUGUCAGAAUAUUUGUUUAAAUGAUAUCUUGGAUGUGUAUGAAAAUGGUUUUGGUCUGUAUAAAAACGUGGCUUCCAGGGUGUUCACUAGUCAUGAAAGUUGGUAAGAACAUUUUGUUCUUAUGACAUCUUGGGCUGCACAGAACAGGUCAGUUCCUUUGAAUCUCAGGUGAGCUACUUUGGGCCUUUCAGGCCCUCUUGUUCACAAUUUAGUUUUGUAAAUUACAAAAAAAACGAGAUUGUGUCAGUAAAGAUCACUGUGAUGAGAUACAAGUUUGUUGUGCAAGUGUCACUGAGCCUGCGGAUGUAUAGACCAGCUUGCUGUUUGAGGACAAUAUGCAUAUUGCCAUAUUAGUGUAUAUAUUACUUGUUUUCCCUGCAAAAUGUACAGAAUUUUGUUAUAUCAAUAAAAUUCAAAAAUCAGAGAAUACAAUUCUAUAAUAACGUG